GUCGUUCCCAUUGCAAUUACGACAGCGACGAACAUCUCAACAAUUUUCAUUACGACUGCUGAACGUACACGAAUUUCUGGUUGCAACGGCUGGUUCUGAAGCGCUACUUAGGCGUCAACUACAGGUCUGACGAGGCUAGGUUUUGAGGAUGGCCGAUAGUGUUCAAAUCACAAUUCCAGACCUCGGAGACGACGACUUUGGAGGCUCCAGCACGACGCCAUUCGGUCGAUCUGGAAAUGCUUUCGGAUUUGGUUCAGGGGGAGGAUCGUUUGGUCAGGCGAAUCCUUUCAGUGCUGGAUUGGGCUUUGGACCACCGGAGGAAUCUCCAACUCUUAUGACGCCAAUACAAGGUCCAGAUCGCAGUGAAAGAAGUUACUUUGCCACUCAUAGUCGAGGUGAUUCGGUCACUUCAGUCGAGUCGACUGGCUCCAAUUCAACCCGGUUUGCCUAUCCAAACCGCUCCCAGACUUCGUUUACGACUUCGACACCCUCAUCUACGCAUGCGUCAACAGGAUUUUCAAAGAAGACUUCCUUUGCAUCCAUACGAAAUGCAUUCAAGAGUGGGAAAAGUUCUGAGCCACCUCCGCUUCCUCAUUCAGAUAUCUUGAAGGGGGCAUUCAAUAUGUCGACGUCUUCUUUGAAUAGUGCAAAUCCGCCAAUGCUAACCCUAAGAGGUCCUUUGACAACCAGCUCUCCUUUUGCUCGUCCUUCCACACCGUCAGAUGGGAGGUAUCGAACUACCCCCAAGAAGGGUCACGAUCAAGCCAAAUCGUAUCAUUCCCAGUCAGGUUCGAUCUUCCACAUCUCGGACGGGGGAAGCGAUGGCCAUGGUCACCCUUUCUCUCUCUCACCGCCUCCUGUUCCACGUGUCCCCAACGGCUUCGGCGACAUCAAUGGACGUGAUACACCGUCAGUUCCUGAGCCCGACGAUGACAAGGUCGACAUCAAUCCGAAGACCCCAUCAGAUUUUGCUCUGCAUGCUGUUUUUAUGCGGUUCGCCACAUCUGCCGAAGCCAAGAUCGAUACGUUCCUUAGACAAGCGCUAGAAAUAGACCCCCCUCUACCAGACUUUAUGGGUCCGGGAACAGACCCAAAAUUCGAUGAUGUUCUCAAAUCCUUAGGGCAGAUUGCUCAUAAAACCGCUAAGCCAGUGCUUGAUUCCAUCAUGCGGUGGAGGCGGUCUCAGCUGGAGAACGUCGGUUCUGAAUUCAUACGAUUCCACAUGUCACAAUCAGGUCCUUCACAUAUAAUAUCCUCUAAUAACUCUACAAGCAUUGCUACCAACACAUUAUCGCACAUCAACCCAUCUUCCGGGCACGUACGGGUAGUACGCACGCACGAUGUCCCUGGACUGUUGAACGAGCGGAAAAGUUUGGCCGCAAUUUACAUUAUGUGUCGCGCAUUGAUUGCCGUAGUGCAGACGCUUGGGAAGGAUGCUAUUGGGGAAGACAUGGGCUACACCUUGGAGAAGACAACAUUCGAUCAGUUCAGAAAACCGGAUCUGAAACUUCUUAUGCAAAGUAAUAAUCAUCGAACGAAUGCAGAGCUCUCAGCAGCUCUUUUGGGUCAUUUGGCUAAUAUUAGAUUUGUCAGUGUGACUGAUAGAUUUUUGGCCGAACUCAAAUCAGUAGCUCUCGGACAGGUCCCCAAGGAUCUAGACAUGAAGUACCAAAAUCUCGUACUUGGUUUGAAGCAUAUUAAGAUCAAGGUCUGGCCUCCAGAGGCAUUUGAAGAAGGCGCCGAAUUCAUGGAGUCUUUAUCGAAAUCAUUCGCACAUGCUCAUGGACAUCGACUUAAGUUUGCUUUUGCUGAAACGCUGGUGCAGAUUCUUCAUCCAAUUGGCCAGACCGCGCAAGCUGAAACGAACAAUCCGAUGUGGGCCAAAGCGAUUGAGGCCAUAUAUCCGAAGGCCAGGGAGAUGUCUACAAAGCCGCGUUAUUGGAAUGUUGCAUUCCCCUUGGUAAUCACGACUUUGUGCGUGUCACCAGAGAAUUAUUUUCGGAAAUAUUGGUUAGCUUGCUUUGAGAGUGCUUUGACGAAGCUUAAGGAAAAAUCUCUCCGCAUACCCUUAAUGAAUGGGUUGAUGCGUCUCAUCUGGACGUAUCUAUAUCGAUGUCCUGAAUCAGCAUCCACGACAGCAACGAAGCUUGAUAGCCUUCUGAAACAUUUCUUCCCCCCAAAUCGCUUAUCCGUCCACGCUAGCGACGAACAUCUUGAACCCUUCAUAUUCAUCACUCAUUUCGUUCUAUCUCGUCACUUCGAUUACGGCCGCGACCUUUGUUUAGAGCUAAUGCAAGAAUCUGCCAUCAACUCACUCCACCAAGCCAACGGCAACGUCGUAAACGCAUUUGCACCGGAACGCACUGCAAUCGCCGUUCAAGCCUUCCUGCUUUCCCUUCACGCCCUGGAACGGGAGUCUCCUACCCCAGCCUGGCCAUCAAAUCCUGACUUCUUCGCGCACGCUUCCAUUGACGACUAUCCCUCCUCCUCCGACUUCGUCCCUCCUUCUCUCCUCAUGAAGUCUAUCAUUCAGGAAUCUUACGAUCGUUGUGGUUCACUUCUCGCUAUCAUCGCAAACCAUUGCAACGCAAAUAUUGGACACAUGUCUGUGUUUGACGAUCAGUGGUCACUGUCCCGGAUGCCCAAUCUAGCGUACGAGGAGAGCCACAACUUUGUUGUACGAAAGCAUCCGGAGGGCGUGAGCGUAGCUUAUAACUCAAUCUUUUCAUCGCAAGUAAGCAUGCUUCAGACAUGUUUCAAGUCAUGGCCAAGACUCCUGCACCAAUCAUUACCUGUGGGCGACGCUAUCGAUAUGCUUCUGAAGGGAAUUAUCCACGUGGAGCCUAUGAUUGGAGAAGCAGCUAGAGACGCGUUGAAAAGGUUCUUGGGUGACCCAGCUCAUUCGUUGCUAGUGGUCUCAAGGUUCACUCUUUUCCUUUUCCAUCCUCAGAGGAUAUCACAGGAAGGAACCGGGAACAAACUGAUUUUCGAGUCACGUAUGCUAUUGGAUCUCUGGGUUAGUGCAGUGGAUGGAUGGAUUAGAUCAUUGCUGAAGAUGGACGUUGAAGCAUUCGCGGAGCAGGAGGACGAGCUUAGUGAGCGGUGCCAAGAAGUCGAGGCCGGAGCGUUGUUCCUCAUGUCUCAUGAGAAUAAGGACAUCCAUAUGGCAGGUGUACAAGUAAUUCGUAUAUUGGGGCUGCUACUGGAGCAUCUAUCGCCAGAAGAUCUAGCUAGUCCGUCAGAACUUCCCCAGACUUUCUUGCCGUUUGUGGAGAAGUUCCAUAGAGGUGGUCGAGAUUCAUCUUGCUUGGAAGGUUACGAGGAGUUACUGGAGAAACCAGAGCUCAUUCGUUUAGAGCAGUGGAAACAAUCCAAGAGGGUCGACAAUGUGCUUCGCAUCGCCGACAGCUCAAAUGACAAAGAUCGCAUCCUGUGGAAAUCCGUGUUCCCGUCGUUCAUGCAAACGUGUAUGCGCUAUCCGGCUCCAAAUCUUGGGGUCUUCCGAGAUGCUCUCAUUGCGGCUGCGACCAGGUAUCAUCCCACAAUAUCCCAUCUGGCUGGACUGAGUAGUAGGUUACCUGCCGGGCGUACACUAUCCGGACACGAAAAAAACGGGCUUAGAUUGGUUGAAAAUAAUCGAAUGCUCAUUGAUCAAUGGACGAUAUGGGUUCAUAUCCUCUGUGCUACCGCAACUUUGCCAGAGACAUCACGCCCUACACUAACUCAGAUUGGCCGUGAACACUCCCGCGCACCCUCCUCUGACACAAACUUUGAACGCGAGCGUUUGUCGACUAGUCGCGGCCUUUUCAGGUAUCUGACUCCCUUCCUGGACUCGGAGUACACACUCUUCAGAGACGCUGCCGUGAUCUGCAUCAGCUGCUUUCCGGUUGAUGCAUAUCCACAACUCUUGGAAGAUUUGAGUCUCCUUGCAGGCCGGCAAUUCUAUGACGAUCCUCGAACAAAGACAGGCUUAGCCAAUACAGCGGAGCAAGGUCUGGGAAUCCUCUCCGCUAGACCAUUGUACGUCGACCCACAAAGCAAAAUGAACAACAUCGCCGGUGAAAGGCUGCGACGCCAAGAGCGACUUCAUUCGGCUGUUGCUCGUAUCUAUUACUUGACGUCUGUCAAUCUGAAACACCAACGGUCCGCUGGACGUCAAGCUGCACUUUCGAAUGUGCUCAAGUUUGUGCGAAACACUCAGAGUUUCCUGACUACACCCGAAAUGAGGGAUAAUCACACCCUGCAACGAUUGAGGCGGUAUUUCUGUGGCACUGUCGAACGACUGUUUGAUGGUCUUGGGACCCUGAAGGAUUCUGAUCGGUUUAUACCAUCCAAUAUGCACCUUUCACUUUACCGCCUGUGUGAAGAGUGGUGCCAGUUCGGACCUCAGCCCGAGAGCGUCAAGCAACGGCUUGUCUACAUGCAGAAGAUGGCGGCAGCUGAGACUUCAGGUGGAAGUGAUACUGCAAUGGAACAUUUCCAAGAGGAAACUCUCCUUCUGUCAUAUGCCGCGGUGGGUGCUAUGUCGACACUUUGCCACAAAGCCUUUGCUCCGCCAGGUGUUUCUUCCGGUUCGCCAACGAACAACCACAGUCCUGACCAUUUCAAGCCGUUGACUUCCAGUAACCUUCUGGAACGAUUGAGCGCAAUAUUGUCGUCUUCACAUCCCCCCACACAGGAACGCGGCAAGCGGGCGCUAAAAUCGAUAUUGCUGGUCAAUACUUCAGAUAGAGUCCUUCUGGAAGAAACUUUACGUCGAGCGAUCGUGAAUAGUGACGAGUCGGACAGCAGUAAUCAACGGAUCUUUGAAGUCCUCUCCGACCUUAUCUGCUCGACAGAAGGACAUGGUUUCACCUUCGCACAAAUAGCUUCCUUGUCACUAUCAAACUUGUGUCACCCUUCAUCAAAGACACGACGAGAAGCGUUCAACAUGCUGGAAACCAUACAUCACCAGGCUGGCGGGUUGUUGACUAUGUCGCAAUUUGAGGCCACGAUCGGAAGCGCUGUGACUGGUGCCUUCGUCAAUUCCCAUCGACAGGUAGCGGAAUUUCUUGCUGGAGAGCACCCUUGUGAAGCGACUGCCAUCUUAGGACAGCUAGCCGGUUGGCUGCCCAGUAUCUCACCCACAUCAACUGUGAUGACAAUGUUACUUCUCCAAAGUAUCGAAUACUGGAUUCCCAAUAUAGAGCUCAUGACAGAGGAUAGGACUUGCUUGUCGGAACAAGGGCAUCUAACACUGUACCACUUGAUGGCGUUGACCCUCCGCUAUGGCCAGAGUCACCCAGAGCAGAUAUUGGUACUAUGGAUGCGCUUGGUGGAACCUCCAAAUCAGUCUAAUGGGCAUGCAGCUGUACGAUUCUUGUUGGAGCAGUCGCACAAAGUAGGUAGUACCGUUUUCAUUGACAGUGCAGCGAAUAUUGUUGCCUGUAUCUGCCAAUCUGCAGCGGGUCGAGAGAUAUUUCAAGAAGUGUGUUCCGUCAUUGAACCAGCACGAAUGCUCCCCACUAUUGAGCACAAACUCACGUUUCCUGAUGCUCGUGACAUGGAGAUAUGGUCAGAACUUGAUGCUUUAUUCGUGGAUGGGAGACCUCGUUUGGCUUUGGGGUCUGCUCAGUUUGCGUUGCUGUUCCUCGCCGAUGUGACCUUACCGAGGCAGUGGGAACUCGUUGAACAAUUACCGGUCCUCCUUCAUGCUCUCUUUACCCACCUCGAUAAUAGAGUCGCCUAUGUCCGUUUACGCGCUCGCUGGAUGCUCUUCCAACUGUUGCGGUCUUGGGCACCCGGUUAUGACGAACUUCCUGAUCGCUCGAGUUACCCAAAUCGUUCUGUGCUGAAAGACGAGUUGGCCGGGCUGGAGUUACAGGCUGAAGAUAUGUUUUGGAAGGAGGAUGAAAAGAUCUCCGAGAUUGAAGAGAAAGUAAGAUGGCUCGCCUCGCGAGUCAUCAUCUUCCUCGAGCCACUUUGUCCUACCAUUCGUGAGAAGUGGGGUACAUUAGCUUCGGAGUGGGGAGCAUCUUGUUCUAUUCGAUCGGUCGCUUUCCGUUCAUUGCAGAUCUUUAGAGCUCUAUCGCCACGAGUAAAGAUGUUGCAGUUGGCCCUAUUGCUCGGCCGCUUGUCGAACACUAUCUCUGCGUCAGACGAUAGUGUGAAGUCUUUCGCAACAGAAAUCAUUCUUACCCUCAAUGCCAUGGUCUCCUCGCCUAAUUUCGACAUGACAUUGCUCCCGCAGAUUUUUUGGUGUGCAUGUGGGGGGUUAUCUACGACGAUCGAGCAGGAAUAUAGUGAAGUCCUGAAUUUAUUGGAGACCGUUUUGACUAGAGUCGACUUCGAUGAUCCGGCAGUGGUUGAAGCCCUGAUUUCAUACCGACCUUUAGAUUGGAAGGGAACAGACUCUCUUCAACAAAAUUUAUUGGCUGGUUUGAGAUCGUCUGCGACUUCUAAAGCUACCCUCAGACUUCUUCAACACCUUACAUUCUACAGAGAUAGUCGGCUCAUCGAUGCUAGUGAUGGUCGAGUGCGCGACUUAUAUACACUAUCCCUUCCAUGGUGCCUGUAUGCCAUGAUGCCCGAGCAAUCGGUUGACGAGUCCCUCCGCCAAUUCGCAGAGAACAUUGGUAGCCUCGCCAAGGCCGAAGGUCGUACCUCCAUCCACAAGAUCAUGACUUCAUUUGCGAAAGGUCACUUCCGAACCCGGGAUGACUUUCUCCGCCAAUCGGUGUCCAGUCUUCGGGAACAUUACGGUCUCAAUUAUUGGACCGAAAUCACCACCCUUCUCAUAGGUCUAGUUUUGAAUCAAGAGCGAUGGUUGCGCAUCCAGACAAUGCAAGUUCUGAAAGUUCUCUUCCAACAAAGAGAAACCAGAAACCCACUCGAACUCCUCGGCUCGGAGUUACUAAUGCCGUUACUACGUUUGUUGGAGACCGAUCUAGCAUCUCAAACCUUGGAUGUUCUUGAGGAGCCGAUGACAAUGUCUGGUGGACUAGCCGCAAAACAUGUCUUGCGGAUGAGCAUGCAUACACGGACUCUUCCUACUCCCAAGGACGUGGACUCGUGUGCAACCAUAUUCGGAGUUCCAGAGGAAUCCGGCUGGUGCGUCGUAAAAGUCGAUGAAAUGCGCCAAACGUGUCGUGCUAAUAUCGAAGGUGUCUUUGACACGUGCUCCAUACCAUCUCGACCGUCUCGUAUCGAGUUCGAACCAGAAGAAAUGGAAGCGCUCGCAUCCAAUACCCCUAUCGAGGAGGAGAGAGAGGACCUUGGUGGGCUCGUGCAGAAUCUCCAUGAUCUCACAACUUUCUUCCAAGACGGAAAAUCGAAGCCCCAGCUCUCUUCCAUGCCCAAUAUAAGGCUUGAAGCUCGCGUUGCGGCCAUUCUUGCCAAAUCUACGGCGAACGACACUGUCAACGAUGUUCCUCCGACUCCCUUUGUCGAUGUCUUCCACGUGGGUGCGGCAAUGUCGUCGGAUGAAGAAGACUCGGAUUCAGAUUCGCCUGCGAGUGUUUCCGACGACGACGCGUUCUGUUUUGAUUCUCCCUCUACCUAUUCGAGUGCUCCCAACGGUUCUCGUCUGCAUUCUUUUCGUUGAAUUGUCUAAUUCCUACUCGCGGAACUUCUUGACUAGCUUUCUUUUUGUUUCUUUUUGGUUCAGUACUCUCUCAAACAUCGUACUUCUUCAACUCAUAUUCAGUCCUGCAUACGCAUACUGUACACUAUUUUGUAUUUUUACAACUAUCAGUUAUCGCAACUUGGUCGCAUACCGGUACAGACAGUCAGUAUCACUGUAAUGUAGUUUAAGGAUCUAUCUAUAUCGAAUCUUAGAAUUUUUCCUCAGCCU